AUGAUUCAUGUGUUUCACCUGCUGGUACUAUAUGUGUAUAAAUUCCAGGUCGAAUCAGUUUCAUUAAAUUUUAAAAAUAUUUGUUUUGUUCAUUUUAAUAAUAUUAGUCCCCGGUUUUAUCCCUCAAAGUCAACAAGCAGUGACACAGCUGACUUCAACGCUACAGAAUCACCUUCCAUUAAAAGAAUUGAUAAACAAUUUUUUAAUAUAAGUGAUAAAACUAACAAUAAUAGUAAAAAUAAAGAAAAUUUUGACAAAAUUAAAUGGGCGUCCUUCGAAGCUAGAAGAUUUACCUACAAAUUGGCAAGAUUUAAUAAAAAACUGAGAAAGGUUAAGAACAAGAGGAAGCUCAUAUAUAGUAAUUUCGAUGUGGAUGAAAAUGAACUCAAGAAGAUUAAUCUUGAAUCUAGAGAUAUAAACAAGUCAAUACAGACUUUCAGAGCUCUGAGAAAAUCAUUUUUAAAAUUUUUAAGAGGUUUAAGGUUAAACAAUAAUCCAGCAGUACCCUAUGUGCCAGAAACCCUAAGAAGCCAUAAAAUACCUAAUACGUACUAUCAAUUGUCUGAUAAACCUAGUAAAAGGCGUCCUAAACGUACUAUUAAGGAUAAAGAAUCUAAAAAUCUAUCUAAUAUCAAUAGAGAUAAGUCAUGUGUAGAGAAGAAGGUCAAGAGGAACGAUGAAUAUGUAGAUUUCUUGAAAAUAUUAUCAGAAAUAAAAGGCAAAAGGUACUACAAAGGUAAAAUUAUUGGAUAA